AUGGCAGAAGAGGAUUGGAUUCCAGUCGGGAUGGAACAGGAGUACUUCCCGUUCCAGCCGCAGACAGAAGAGGAACUUCUAAACGAGAUGCAACCGGAUGAGUUCCCGUUCCAGCCGCGGGCAGCAGAGGAUUUUUUGAUCGAGCUGCAACAAGUGUUCGAGCAGCGGGCAGAAGAGGAUUUUCCAAUCGUGAAGCAACAGGACGAGCGCCCAUUCGAGUUCGAGCUCAUGACGAUGGAGGAGCUGCCGGAGCUGCUGCCGCAGGACCAGUUGGAUUCUUACCUGGAGCACAUGAUGGAGGGGCUACCCCAGGAUGUUAUCGACAGUUUGCAGCAGGAAUUCCCAGCGCUCUUCGGCCAGGCCACGGUGGAAAUUCCCCAGUGUCAGCGGGCGGAUCCCGCGGAGGAGCCAUGCCCGCCGCUAAUCUAG